CUCUCUCUCUUGAUAACUGCUCAUCCUGAUGAGAAUUUGAAAAGACAAUGCCUUUCAAACAAAACAUCUAAAAAGAAAGCAGCUUCACGAUAAACAAUGAGAGAAAUGUAUUUUUUGUUUGAUCAUGCUGUGGUUAUAUAAUGUUUGAAGAGGAAGCAGAUGAGACAGUAUGCUAAGGACAUAUUUGUGGCUGUUGCCUUUACCCUUCAGGCUUGGAGUUGGGAUGGACACAGUGCUUUAAGUGGGACGGUACGCACCAAUACGGCAUACCAACACAUCUCCAUUUUAGCCUUGGGGAUGGGAAAUGCUUCAGACACAUCAGCUGUGUUUACCUCCACUAUCUCCAAGGAGUAUGAUCUUGCCAUGGGCUCACUCUACAUCUUAUAUUGUGUGCUGUCCCUCCUGGGCAAUUGCAUUCUGCUACUUGUUGCCCAUCACAAGCGCUCGAGCCUAAAGCCGCCCGAGUUCUUCAUCAUCAAUCUCUCAAUCAGUGACCUUGGGAUGACACUCAUUUUAUUCCCCUUGGCCAUACCGUCAGCUUUCUCACACAGGUGGCUCUUUGGAGAGACUGCCUGUCAGCUCUAUGCAAUGUGUGGUGUACUGUUUGGUCUUUGCAGCUUAACAAAUCUCACUGCCCUCUCCUUCGUUUGCUGCCUUAAAGUCUGCUUUCCAAAAUACGGCAACAAAUUCUCUUGGGCACAUGCUCGUCUCCUGGUGGUUGCAGUGUGGUGUUACGCAUCAAUGUUUGCCGUGGCGCCCUUGGCGCAGUGGGGAAGAUACGGCACAGAACCCUACGGCACGGCCUGUUGCAUUGACUGGCACGCGCCCAACCACGAGAUUUCAGCUUUGUCAUACAUUGUCUGCCUCUUUGUCUUUUGUUACGCAUUGCCCUGCACUAUCAUCUUUCUCUCCUACUCGUCCAUCCUACUCACAGUGCGAGGCUCCCGGCAGGCUGUCCAGCAGCACGUGUCGCCACAAACCAAGAGCACCAACGUGCACUCGCUUAUUGUCAAGCUGUCAGUAGCAGUGUGUAUAGGCUUCCUCGGUGCUUGGACUCCCUAUGCUUGUGUCGCCAUGUGGUCAGCAUUCAGUGAUGCCACACGGGUUCCUCCGUCUGCAUUCGCCAUGGCCGCUGUGUUUGCCAAAUCCUCCACCGUCUACAAUCCAGCGGUUUACCUGCUCUGUAAGCCAAACUUCCGUGAAUGUCUCUACAGGGACACGUUCACGUUGCGGCAGAGGAUCUCUGGGUCAAGUCCACGUUUGGGUUCCACUCUGCCACGCAACAAAGUCACAAUCAUCUCCACACGCUUCUCAACUGGGCAAAUGGAUAGAUGUGAGGCAUGUCUUCACUGCGUUGACAAUCCCGCCAAGUGUCAUGUAAACACAGCCCAAAGGACAGCUUGCAUACUGACUGGAUCCGUUCACAGAGAGGUGACGCUCAGCCAGCUCACCGCCACACCACUGGCUGACUUCCUCUAGUGGUGCUACCUCCUUCGCUCAUGAGGCAAACAAGAGAGGACAGGCACUCGGAAACACAUGUUGACAUCACCAGGAAUGGGUUUUUGAGUACAAGUUGCAAGACUUUACAAUAUUGCAAGAGGGCCAGCUUUCAUAGUAUUCCAUUUCUACACAUGUGAAGUUUAAGGCCCCGGAGUCAGAUCUGGCCCGCCACAUAUUUUUUUUCAGGCCCCAUAAACCAAAUCCAGUAUGUUUACCAGUACUGGUUAAAAGGAUGUGGUUUUUCUCAUUUUGGCAGAAAAAUCAGUAGGACAAUUAGAACUGC